AUGUUUGCUACCCUAAAAGCAGAAGCUGAACUCAUCUCAGAAACUGAGGAACAAGUCAAGGAGGGAGAUGGAAAAAAGCAGGCCCCAACGGUCUCUGUAACCCAGCAAGAAGCCCUAAGUGUCCCUCUACCUACCUCUCCUGCAGCAGACAAAGCCAAGGACAUGCCUACAACACCAAGAACACCUGCUGUGCAACGUUUCCACAACACCCUCUCUCUCGUCGAAGCAGAGGUCAUAGAACUCAGAGAGAACAAGCUUCAAGAGGAGGACACUGUCCAGAAACUAAAAGAAGAGAUGAAACAGUUCCGGGAGGAGAGCAGAGCAUCUAUUGCUAAAUUAGAAAGCAGAAUGGACAAACUGAGUCAGACAAAUGAUGACCUCAGAGACCAUCUGAGCACAACAAGAAAGGAGCUAGAACAAAGAGAGAGGUACAUUGACACCCUCAACCAGCAGCUAGUCAAUAUGUCCUCUGCAUCUAGAGAACAUGUCCACCAGCCUGGUACAACACAAGCAGAACCUGAGACCAGCAUGGCCUCCACCACACAGCCUGAUGACACUGCACCCGCCUACCAGUCUGCUCCAGCCCAGAUCAGCCAACCAGCGUCCCAGUCUGCUCUAGACCAGGUCAGCCUACCUGCUUCCCAGUCUGCUCCAGCACAGUGUGCUCCAGCCCAGGUCAACCUACCAGCCUCUAAGUCUGCUCCAGCCCAGGUCAGCCAACCAGCCACCCAGUCUUCUCCAGCCCAGGUCAGCCAACCAGCCUCCCAGUCUGCUCCAGCCCAGGUCAGAAUACCAGUCUCCCAGUCUGCUCCACCCAGACAGUCACCCACAACUGCAAUCCUUAUUGAUUCAAAUGGGAAGUUCUUAGUCCAGGAAAGAUUAUUCCCUAGACACCAAGUUCUAAGUUCUGGUGUCCUACAACUGACAGUGCAAUGCAGCUACUCAGUCAGACCAGGAUUGACACCCCCGACAACAUCAUCAUCCACAUUGGCACAAACGACCUUCAUGCCAAAGGUGAAAAUGUAUCUGGGGCAGUGAGAAGAGUAGCAGAACGGGCACAGGCUAUGUUCCCAACAACCAAUAUAGUUGUGUCCACCCUCCUACCAAGAAAAGACUUCCCAGGACAGUUGAUCGACAAAAUAAAACAACAGAUCACUGUGGACUGUGCCUCACUGCUCAACAUUAGAAUGGCUCACCAUCCCACUCUGACAUGUGAACACUUAUACGAUAAUGUACAUCUUGAUCAGGUCAGUGUCAGAACUUUUGCUAAGGACCUAAAGGAUGCAACACUUGGCAGGGACCCACACACCCAUCACCCCAGCAGCAGAGCCCCCCUGCCCCACCUUCUGAAACAACAGUACCCCCACCAUCCCCAGGAGAGAAGAGCCAGACACGGCUUAUUACAGCUCUACAAGACCGGGCCCAACACAGCACAGAUUUACCAGACCAGACCCGCCUCAGGACAGCACGACCAGACCCGGCCCGCCUCAGGACAGCACGACCAGACCCGUCCCAUCACAACACAGCUCUACUAGACCAGGCCCAUCACAACACAGCUCUACUAGACCAGGCCCAUCACAACACAGCUCUACCAGACCAGGCCCAUCACAACACAGCAACGUGUUUCUGAAGAAAUUAACCACCAACAUUCAUUCAAAAAAACUGCCAAAUAAACUCUACAACAUGAACCAAUCGUACAGAUGGGCUCAAAACAGUGCAGAGAGAUUCAUUGAAACAUUGAACUCAAAUGAAAUGAUGAACU